UUUCAAGAAUUCGCCACGAAGAUCCCGCAGAAGGACGCGUUUGCGCAGGACACGAAGAAUCUUCGGAGGCUGGAUCCUCGAUAUAUCCGUGCUGGUUUGAGAAACUCGGGAUUGUUCGGUCGUGGCUCAUCCAACGUAGACCGAUUGGACUUCCUUGCUAGCAACAGAAAGAGAAAAAGGAUCGUCAUGGACAUUCAAGAGUUUCGUGUGCGUGGCAAGGAGAUGGUGGAGUACAUAUGCGAGUUCAUGAGUAAUAUCCACAAUCGGCGGGUAACGCCGGACGUUGGUCCUGGAUAUUUGCGACCCCUCCUUCCUCCGGAAGCACCGCACCAAGCUGAAUCUUGGGAGGACAUCAUGAGAGACGUCGAGUCGAAAAUCAUGCCCGGAAUCACUCAUUGGCAACAUCCACGAUUUCACGCGUAUUUUCCAGCCGGUAAUUCAUUCCCAUCCAUUCUCGGUGACAUGUUGGCGGAUGCAAUAGGCUGUAUCGGAUUUUCAUGGGCGGCCAGCCCGGCCUGCACGGAGCUUGAAACGAUAGUCUGCGAUUGGUUCGGUAAAGCCAUUGGUUUACCAACGGACUUCCUUUAUUUUAACCCGGUUAGCAAAGGCGGAGGUGUGAUACAGGGUUCAGCCUCGGAAUGUGUUUUGGUAUGCAUGCUUGCAGCAAGGGCAGAAGCGAUCGCCAGACUGAAGGAGUCGCCCGCUCAUGCACAUUUGGACGAAACUGCGCUUCUUGGAAAGCUAAUGGCUUAUUGUAGUCGCGAAAGUCACAGCUGCGUCGAGAAAGACGCGAUGAUCUGUUUCGUGAAGCUGCGAAUAUUGGAACCAGACGAGAAAAGUGUGCUUCGCGGAGAAACGUUGCGUCAGGCAUUCGAGGCUGACACCGCGGAGGGUUACAUCCCUUUCUUCGUCUCCACCACCCUCGGCACGACCGCUUGCUGUUCCUUCGACAAUCUCAAGGAGAUAGGGCCACUUUGUAAAAAAUAUCCAGGCGUAUGGCUGCACGUGGACGCAGCAUAUGCAGGCAACGCUUUCAUCUGUCCAGAACUGAAAUACCUGAUGGCUGGGGUCGAAUACGCCGAUUCCUUCAACACUAAUACCAACAAAUUUUUAUUAACAAACUUCGAUUGUUCUUGUUUAUGGGUCCGAGAUAGAUUCAAACUGACCGGUGCACUCGUUGUGGAUCCACUUUAUCUUCAGCACACUCAUGCGGAUACAGCCAUUGAUUAUAGACAUUGGAGUAUACCAUUGAGUCGACGAUUUCGUUCCCUGAAGCUAUGGUUCGUCAUGAGAAGUUACGGGAUAUCCGGUUUACAGACCUACAUACGAAACCAUGUACAAUUGGCGAAGAGAUUCGAGGCAUUAGUGAGGAAAGACGCGAGAUUCGAACUUUGUAACGAGGUUGUGUUGGGUCUGGUGUGUUUUCGAGCCAAAGGAUCUGAUAAACUGAAUCAAAAAUUGCUGAGCGCCAUCAAUGAUUCCGGGAAAUUGCACAUGGUCCCGGCGAGAGUGAAUCAACGCUUUACGAUUCGUUUUGCGCUCGCCGCACCGAAUGCCACUGCUUCUGACGUUGACAUCGCGUGGAGCAUCAUCACGGAUUACUUGGCCGAAUUAUCCGAGUCCAAGGAUGUUAUGGAUGAACUGGCAGAUAUCCGCGAAAAGAAAAGAAAAGCCACGUUGGAGCAAAGGAGGUCCUUCUUCGUCCGUAUGGUCUCUGAUCCUGCUAUUCAACCGGGAUUCACGAAAACCCCGAAUAGGACGGGGCCGAAGUUGGACACACAGGCGACCAUCGGUGGUAUCGGAUCGAAUCCUCAUCCUACCACACGUUCGUGGAUCUCCUGGCCGCUGGCCUACCUGAUGCAAGCAAGGAACGCUGCUGAUACCAGCGAAUUGUCCCUCAGAUUCCGUCAUUUGGACACGAUGGUGCGCCUGAAGGCAAGCGGUACCGGAAGUCGCCGCGGUAGCAGCAACGGCUGCAGUCCGGAACCAUCGCCAUCCGUUUCCCCAUCGCGCGGAAGAUCGCCAAAUGGUAGAACGUAAAACAUUCUUCGAUCUUUUACCAAUGUUUCUCCCAGGUGCAUCGAUGAGAUUAAUACGAUCAUUCGGACACUGCCGAAGUGUUUUAAAGACUCACAGAAGAGGUUCCUCGAAAUCGAUCAAUGAUUUAUUUCAGAUUUAUUUUAGCGAGGAGGACAUUGCUGAAUUAUUCUCCGAAAGUAACACAAUUAUUUAUUUUACCAUUUUCUUAGAAAUAUUGUACUUUUUUUAACCGCGGUUCCAGAUAUUCAUCGUUAUUCAAAUUAUGAUCGUUUCUGUCACCUUUCCCUUUUCCCGUUGACCGGCAAUUUAAAACGGCAAAAAGAAGACGAAACGGAAACUCGAGUCACGUGAAUAGCGAAAAAAGGUCAUAAAAGAGCCAUGUUCGUAACGCGAACGAAAAGGUUGAGGUCACAAGGGUGACACCGAUGCACCUGGACUGUUCGGUUUAUCAUAUUUUUCUACAUUCUUCGACUACUCUAUUCUAUUUCAAUUCACUCUUCGAAACACGAAACUGUCACGUGUGGCUCGAAUGAAUACGCGAUCGGUGGAUUUCUUGGUGGCAAGAUGUCACGUCAAACGAAAAACAAUGAAUCAUAAUCUGUUUACGUGGGAAGAGGAAUGUUGAUAAUCGUUAGAAUGUUCUUAAUUAAAGGCGACCAAUAACGAGACAAUGCCUCUCCUUGAUUCCAUGAAAUUUCGAAUCAAUGGAGGCCGAAAUAAAUGUUGUAGAAUGAAAGCUAACGAUCAAGGAAAAGUAUGUCGUUGUUAUGAAACACUUGUCUGCAUCUCUUUAGACUCUCUGCUCAAAGUAAUUAGAAGAUCGCCUAAUUGUUACGAUAUAUGCAACAUUUUGAAAUCUUGAACAAGCUAUUAUUCAAUCGAAUAUGAAUGAUCGAUUAAAGAGGUAGAUAAGGUGUAACGAAAUGUGAAUGAAAGGUAGUUCAUUUGUCUUGUAUGCGAUCAAUGUUAAUACAAUGUAAUUUCUUCCUAAUAAUAUACUAUCACUCAAAA